GAUUUGGUUCUUGUUGCUGGUGCCACAGGUGGAGUGGGUCAAAUCCUGACAGCAAAGCUUCUCGAGCGUGGUUACAGGGUGAGGGCGCUGACAAGAAGCUUGGAGAAAGCUUCACAGCUGCUGGGCGAGAAAGAAGGGCUGGAAAUAGGCAUUGCUGAUGCACGGGAUCCAGCCACGUUGUCACCAGUGACAGAAGGCAUCAGCGCAGUUGCAGCUGUCACAGGCACAACAGCCUUUCCGUCCAAGAGGUCAGCAGAACACUCAUAUGAGGAACGCGCUGCUCACCUGCGCAGAUUUUUGGCCUUUUACUUCUUGGCAGUUGAAGGAGCAAAGUGGGAUGGGAACAACGGCCCUGAGCAGACAGACUAUGUGGCAAUGAAGAACCUCAUAGAGGCAACACCAACCUCCGUGAAGCGUUUUGUGCUGACCACAUCAGCUGGAGUGGACAGAAGCAACCAGCUGCCCUUCAACAUCUUGAAUCUAUUCGGAGUGCUGAAGUUCAAAAAGGCGAGCGAGGGUGUUUUGCAGCAGUCAGGGCUGCCCUGGACAAUUCUGCGGCCUGGCCGCCUCACAGAUGGCCCCUACACAUCCUACGACCUGAAUACCCUGUUGCAGGCCACUGCUGGCACACGGCAGGACGUGCAGAUCUCCUUGCAGGAUGACCAGUCGGGGGAGACGUCGCGCAUCGCUGUUGCAGGUAGUGGGCCUAACCUUACGUGUCAAUAUUAUCUACAGCCACAUUGUGUGAGCCAUGCAAGUGUGGUUCCUUAUUGUAACAGUAGAAAUAUCAAGGCAGGUAGAAUACCGCUGGCAAUUCAUGCGUGCUCACUCAUGCUCACUCUCUGA